UAUUCAAGCUCUCCUAUACAAAACUCAAAUCUAGUAAGAUGAAGAAGCCUCUGUUUACUCUACUUGCGCUUCACCUAACAAACAUUAGAAUUUAAUAUAAUUGUCUCUCGGUCUCAAGUCUCAACAAUUUCACUUAAUAAUUAUGGGGAAAGCCAUUAGACCUGUCUGAUCUCUCGCGGCGCCUAUAAAAUAAACAAAUAUCUUUUCACCUUCUCCGGCAUCACCUUUCAAUGGCUUCCACCAUUUCCAAACUCUCUAUCAUCCUCCAUUUCACCCUCUUUUUAUCUUUUGCUUUAGCUCUGAACUCUAUUUCAACUACUCCCCUAAGCUCUAAUCUCUCUUCCAUACGAAAUUUUUGCCAAUCAACUCCAUAUCAAGAUGCUUGUUUCGAUUCACUGAAACUUUCCGUUUCAAUCAAUAUCAGUCCCAGCAUAAUAAAUUACCUCAUUCAAUCACUCAACUCUGCAUUAUCUGAAGCUGGAAAGCUCACAAACCUGUUCUCCAAUGGCGGAAAUGCAAAAAUUGUUGAAACACAGAGAGGGACAAUGCAAGAUUGCAAGGAACUACAUGAAAUCACACUAUCUUCCUUGAAAAAAUCAGUAUCAAGAAUUCAAUCAGGUGAUUCGAAGAAGCUAGGUGAUGCAAGAUCUUAUCUAAGUGCAGCUCUCACAAACAAGAACACAUGUCUAGAAGGAUUGGAUUCGGCUUCUGGGACUUUGAAACCUGUUUUGGUGAAAUCAUUGACGAGUACUUACAAGCACGUGAGUAACUCCCUUUCAAUGAUUCCCAAAUCGGGUGGUGGCAAAAAAGGCCAUAGAAAUCGUCGCCUGUUGGGGUUUCCGAGCUGGUUGGGACGGAGAGCUCGCCGGAUUUUGCAGAGCAGCGACGAUGAAUACGAUCCGAGUGACGUGCUCACUGUAGCUGCCGAUGGAACAGGGAAUUUCAGUACCAUAAAUGAUGCUAUAAACUUUGCUCCCAACAAUAGUUAUGACAGAAUCAUAAUCUAUGUUAGGGAAGGGGUUUAUGAAGAAAAUGUUGAAAUCCCAAGCUAUAAAACCAACAUUGUUCUUCUCGGAGAUGGAAAUGAUGUCACCUUCAUUACUGGAAACCGAAGCGUACGUGAUGGCUGGACCACUUUCAGAUCUGCAACUGUUGCGGUAUCUGGCGAAGGCUUUUUGGCUCGGGAUAUAACAAUCGACAACAGUGCAGGCCCUGAGAAGCACCAAGCAGUUGCAUUAAGAGUAAACGCAGAUUUCACCGCAUUAUAUAGGUGUUCCAUCAGUGGUUUCCAGGACACAUUAUACGUCCACUCUUUUCGACAAUUUUACCGUGAAUGCGACAUAUCAGGCACCAUAGAUUACAUCUUCGGGAACGCAGCUGUUGUUUUCCAAGCAUGUAACAUAAUCACUCGAAUGCCAAUGCCCGGUCAGUUCACAGUAAUUACAGCACAAUCUCGAGACUCCCCAGACGAGACCACCGGGAUUUCGAUCCAAAACUGUUCGAUUCUUGCCACGGUUGAACUGUAUGGGAAUUCAAGCCGCUUCAAAAGCUACCUAGGGAGGCCAUGGAGGAUGUAUUCCACAACAGUUUAUAUUGAAUCAUAUAUUGAUGAUUUUAUAAAUCCUAGUGGAUGGACUAAGUGGUCCAACGAUGAAGGCUUAGACACACUUUAUUAUGGAGAGUACGAUAAUUAUGGGCCAGGUUCAGGGACGGAUAGCCGAGUCACUUGGCCUGGAUAUCACGUAAUGGAAUAUGAUGUUGCUUAUAACUUCAGUGUUUCGGAGUUAAUUACCGGUGAAGCUUGGCUGGAUUCUACUGCUUUCCCAUAUGAUGAUGGGAUUUGACAAAAUAUAACUUCCCUAUUUGGUAUUUCUAACACUGCAGUCGUGAAAGAUAAUGUAGAUAAGGGAACUUUUACUUUACAGGUCAGAA